UUUAAUCGAAUUGACUUGGAUUUAGGUACUUGAAUCGGUUCAUCUUUACUUGUCUGGUUCUGAGUGAUUUUGAGCAUUUUUCUCUUUUUAAUUUAAUUGUGCUAUUUAUGAUCUAUUAAAUACAUUUACUCUUUUAUCAAGAUGACCACGACUACUAUUCCAAAGGUUUCUGGUACACCAUCUAUACAGGAAUUUAGUAUCAGAGUACCGAAAAAUAACAAGAAGAAACACAACGUAAUGCGUUUCAAUGCAACAUUAAACGUUGAUUUUUCAAAAUGGUCGCAAGUGAAAAUGGAACGCGAAAAUAAUAUGAGAGAAUAUAAAGGAAUAGAAGAGGAGAUGCCAAAAUUUGGAGCCGGGUCUGAAUUUGGAAGGGACGCGAGAGAAGAAGCUAGAAGGAAAAAGUUUGGUAUCACUAGCAGAAAGUAUAAGCCGGAGGAUCAACCCUGGAUUUUAAAAUCCGGUGGCAAAAUUGGGAAAAAAUUUAAAGGCAUAAGGGAAGGAGGUGUAAGUGAAAAUGCUGCUUAUUAUGUUUUCACCCACGCUGCUGAUGGAGCUAUAGAAGCUUUUCCGUUACACGAAUGGUAUAAUUUUCAACCAAUUCAGAGGUACAAAGCGUUGAGCGCGGAAGAAGCAGAACAAGAAUUUAGUCGCAGGAAUAAAGUAAUGAACUAUUUUUCAUUGAUGUUACGGAAAAGACUGAGAAACGACGAGGAAGGCGCGGACGACGAAGAAAUAAUGGAAAGUGGAAAGGGCAAGAGGCCGGGUAAAAAAGAGAAGGAUUUAAAAAUAUCCGAAAUGGACGACUGGAUGGACAGCGAUGAUGACAACUCGGGUAGCGAUGCUGAAGAAAACAAGAAAAAUUCUGACGAAGAGGACAAUUCUAAGAAGAAACAAAAGGGUAAAUUUCAAAUGAAAAAGAAACGAAAGGACAAGGCAUCCGACGAUGAAGCAUUUGAAGAAAGUGACGAUGGAGAUGAGGAGGGCAGAGAAUGCGAUUACAUUUCCGAUUCAUCCGAUUCCGAAUCAGAAUUGGAACAACAGAAAGAAAUUAAGUCUGUUGCAGAGGAAGAUGCAUUAAGAAAAUUACUUGCGUCUGAUGAAGACGAGGAUGAUGAAGAACAAGCGGACAAAAAGGAUGGCGACGAAGAUAAAGACGAAGAGGAUGAAAAUAAGGAAAAAGAAGACAAGGAUAAGGAUAAAACUGGUAAAGAUAUUGAGAAGAAGAAAGAUCGAAAGAAAAAGAAAAAGCAAAGUAAAAAGAAAGAUCUUAAAAAAAAUGCAUUAGGAAAGGAUUCUUCUAGCGACUUCUCUAGCGAUUCGGGUUCCGAAUCCGACACAGUAAAAGAGAAGGAUAAUAAGAAAUCGAAUAGCGCGCAUAGUUCAAGGUCAGCAACACCUACACCAGUUGUUGCUGGAAUGUCAGAUUCCUUGAAAAGGAAGCAAUGUAGUUCGCCAGAUUUAUCUCAAGCGAAAAAAUUGAAGUUGGAUAAUUUCAAUUUGGUACCAGCAACUUCUUAUAUCCCAGGAGCUAGUGAAUCUGGAAUCACUGAAGAUGCCGUUAGACGUUAUCUUAUGCGUAAACCAAUGACAACAACGGAACUUUUACAGAAAUUUAAAUCGAAAAAAACUGGCCUUACUUCCGAACAGUUAGUUAAUGUGAUGACUCAAAUACUGAAGAAGAUUAAUCCAACCAAACAGACAAUAAAAAAUAAAAUGUAUUUAUCUAUCAAAACACAAUCUAAUUGAUAUUUAUCGAUAUUUUUACAAAAUAGUAAAAUUAUUUGUAUAUUUAUUUUGUGUAAUGCUCUAUAAUAACUGUUAUUUGUAUAUUAUUAAAAUAAAUUAAUUAAG